ACUAAAAAUAAAUGGUCAUUUAAAUAUCUCAUUAAAACACUUUUAAACCUAAUUAAAAUACUGCAAUUAAAAAAAAAAAGCAUUGUUUGUCGUAUAAAUACGAUAAACGAUAGGAAGUAAAGACAUAGCUAUAAAUACAUAUCACAAAAAACACUGUUUCCCAAAUAAAAGGCCAGGAAAUAAUGUAGACUACAGUCACCCACCCAUUUCUUUACCUCUGGUGCUCAUAGAAACCACUAUCUUUCUUCCGCUCAAUUUAGAUUUCUCGUUAAUUGGUUCGCCCAGUUAAUUACCGUUGCGGUUCAACAUUUGAGAUGGGACCAACGAUCCCCGAUUUCCGCAGUUACCACGUGCUCCGUGUGUUUAUUGAGUGGGGAUGAGUCUUAUAUAGGACAGAAAUUGCUCUCCCUUCGACAAAAGAGAAAAAGUCACGUUCACGUUCAUUAUUUGAAAUCGGUCCGUCAAACUAAUUCAAUACGGGUAAAUUGCAAGAUGAAGUUGCUUUCAGUGGUCUUUUUGUUGACAUUAUCAUUGGUUACCACAUUUGGUCAAUCCAGGUAUAAACCUUUUGCUGAGAAACCAGGUUCUUGUCCACCGCCUUUACCCGUGCAAAUCUGUAGCCAAUCCUGUUUCUCUGAUUCACAUUGCUUAGGAAUUGGCAAAUGUUGUCCUACUAAUUGUGGGGGCUUUGUUUGUACAAAACCAGUGACUAUGAGACAAAUAGUGUCUAGAGAAAAACCAGGUUCCUGUCCAGCUAUACCAAAAGGAAGAUGGGUAUGUUCACCAACCUGCAGUGUUGACAGUGAUUGUAGAGGAACAAUGAAAUGCUGUAAGAAUCGUUGUGGAGCCCUAGCCUGUCAGAAGCCAGACAUUGAGAUGGUUGAAUCCAUGGAUAUUCCAAUUGUUCCACUGCCAGAAGACAUACCUAAUAUUCCCAGGAAUCCUUACAGUAAUCCCAGAGAUCCAAAUAAUUAUCCAUAUUAUUUUUAUAAAUAGAGUAAUAAUACAUUA